UCAUUGCUGCGCGGCUUGAUACAAACAAGAACCAAAUUUAAAGGAUAAAUUGCAGAUAAGAAGUGGGUUGGUGUAUGUUGUUUGUGGAGCAUGUUGUGUGUGUAGUAUACAAGUCGAAAAUUGUUUAAAAUAUGUUUGAAUGGGAUUAAUGAUUGUAAAAUACAGGCCAAACUGCCCCCCUCUUGAAGGAGUGCUGCUGUAAUAGCAUUCUUGAGGCUGCUGUUUCUCUACAGAUGUAAACUGCUGCUGCACAGCUGGAAUUUUGGAAGAUACACUAACAUCUAAACUGGAGGUCAGGCGCUCAGAAUUUCUGGAACAACAACUCUGUCUGCAAUUUGGAGGAGAUUCUUUACCACGGAUUAUCUGUUACUCAAAAACGAGUGAAGAUUCCGCUGUGCAGACCUGGAGAAAGAUUACUUCACUGCUUGAAGAUGAUCAACUUGGAGAUAAUUAUUUCCCGUUUGUUCCAAGGAAACUGAAUUUUUCUAGUAAAUUAUAUCACUGAAGUAGUUCGACCAGCUUUGUACAUGAGUUUGAGGUCUUGUGAAGACAGCUAGGCAGGAUGAAUGAGAGCAACAAUGUUUAUUUGAGGUGGAGUAAGCAUCAAGCUACUUUGGUGUCUGUUUUUGAUGGUCUGUUGGACAGUGAGAAGUUAACAGACUGCACAGUUAGUGCUGAGGGGCAUCAUUUAAGAGCACAUAAGAUAAUUCUCUCGGCCUGUAGUCCAUAUUUCGACGAACUGUUCUCUGAAAACUGUGAAAAGCACCCAAUUAUUAUUCUGCACGAUGUAAAAUACAAUGUGCUUAAGGCUUUGCUGGACUUUAUGUACCGUGGUGAACUAAAUGUACCGCAAGAGCAGCUUAGUGAUAUUCUUAAACUCUCGGAUUCCCUUCGGGUAAGGGGACUGUCUGGCAGUGGGUGUGUGAACAAUGUCGACAUGCAGAAAAGAAGUGAAAGAAAUGCACGGUCAGUGUCUCCAGGAACACACUCGUCGCAACCUGCAUCUGUGUCGUGCUUUACCUCGGUUCAGAAUGAGCGAGGAGAGCACGUGCAGUCAUUUAGAGAAACCCCUCCACGUGUGUCGUCCCAAGAAGGAGGUUCUGUGGAAGUGGACUCCAUUUCUAAAGCUGUUCAAAAGUCCAGAAAAACUAUCAGUCACACUGUUGCUGAUGAGGGAACAGCUCAAAAUGCAUUUGAAGUCAUUACCCCUGAUGUUGAUAGUGUGGAUAAACUUCCAUCUCAAAAGCAAGUACUGGCCACAACCCCUAACUCAACUGGUGGACCAGUUGACAGCUCAUCUCAGGUGCUAAAAACCUUGCUGCCUGUAAGCAACACCACUGUAUGUUCGUCAUCAUACACUAUGAUUCCUCAUCAGUCUUCAAGUAGGGAGUUGCAAAACUCUAGUGGGGAAAUGACCAUUGCGAAAAAUGAACGGUUUUUAAUACCAGAAGCAGUAUUACCUGAUGAAAGGUCAGAAAGUCUGAGUGCACACCAGGUAGAGGUAUCUCUAGAAACAAAACCAGAGGCCCUAGAGACUAAUGUGGAAAUUGUAGAAGACCUUACUCUCGAUGACGACGACGAUUAUGCUGGUGCCGGUGAUUAUCGUGAUGUUUGUAACAGUGUUGAAGUUGACAUUGGGGAAGUCACGAGAGCGAGUGAAGAUCUUACAUACGAAGAGAUUUUUUGCGCUCAGGAAGUUAAUAAUACGUGUUCACCAUUUGGCAGUGUUGAUUUGAGUAACGUGUCUCUGUCAGCAUCUCAGAUAGUAUUACGUAAUCGGUUUAUUUGUCAUUCUUGUGGGAAGUCUUACCAACAUCAAUCAGGGCUGUGGAGACAUGCGAAGUUUCAGUGUGGCAAAGAACCGCAGUUUCAGUGUCCUCGCUGCAAUUAUCGCUGUGCUAGGAGUGAUCAUUUAAAAAAACAUAUGGCUUCUCUUCGUUGCCAGAUGCAGAAAAAAUAUGCUCUUUUUGGAGGGGAUGUGUAAUAAGAGCCUAACACAAAGAAAGGGGCAAAUGGUGUCAAGUGACUUCCUGGUCUUUAGUGAGGACUUUUUGUGAGGGAAUUGUGUCAUCUGUGGAAGUGUGUAGUGUAAGUUGCAUGAAGCAGUGAUUACUUUGCACUGUGUGGGCAGAAAUUAAUCCUUGUGUAAAUUGUGGUUGCUAUGAGUAUAUUUUAAAUUUAUGUGGAAACUUGGCAACGUCAAUGUCAUUGAAGUCGUGGUUUGCUUUGUGAAACAGAUGACUUGUGAUGUAAUGUAGUAAUUGUGUCAGUGAAGGUCACCUAUUGUCAUCAGUUAUGUUGUUUGUCAUGAACAGAAAAUUGUUUGUGUAGUGAAGACCUUAAUUAUGUGAGUGCACAUCAAGAAAUGUUGAUAUGAGUGUAUUACAGAAUUCUAACAGUUGUAAUAUCCCCUUGAAGUACCAGCUGAUAAUUAUGCCAACACCUAUAAUUUCUUGACAUAUUCCUCCAGAUUAAUUCUGACUGUCCAUUCUGUUUCUUCUCAUUUCCUCCUUAAACUUCUCCAACUUUCCCACUUGUAACAGUGUUUAACACUCGAUAGUCAUGUUCAUAAUCCUCCUUUUCUUCCUUGUUUCAUUGUGUCUCUCUCAGCAUAUCCAUCUUGAAUGUCCGAACAGGACUCAUCAUGCUGUGUAUGCAUCUAUCAGUGUUGUGAAAGAUAAUGAUCUCAGUUUGUAUUUGUAUGUGUUGCACUGUGUGAUUAGCUGCUUUAUUACUGUUUAUUUCACAGUAUGUUGACAUAUGCCUAAAUUUCAGUUUUAGAGAACCCUACUGUAUUUUAAAGAUUUUUACAGAAAGAAGGUAUUGGGAAAACCUUAAUGUCGUGGUCAUUAUACCAAAAAUAAAAUACAAGUGAUAUUUUAUUUUAACAAGAGUACUGUAUUUCAAGUAAGCAGAUAAACAAAUUUUUUAUUGUCUGGCUACACAUUGGCAAUGAACACUGGGGACAGAUAUAAUGGAUACAGCUUUAAAUCACCUCAGGACGUGUGAAGCAGUGUAUAAUAGAUGUACCACAUAAAACUGGUUGUGGAUUAACGACGAGAGCCGGUGUGCUUGCCAGCCUGGAUUUGAUUUAAUCAGUUUCCCUUGUUUUCACGUGGGACAACACUAGAAACAGCCAGAUGGGGUCCACAAAUUAUGUUCUUGUGGACCUCCCAUUUAGAUAAAGGAUGUAUGCUGGAUUAACACGUUGAAGAUGAAGUGCAAGUGUAGCUGAGGCGAGAAUGCUGUGUUCAAAACACCGAACCCGAGUAUAGCUCAAGCCACAACUUUCACGACGAGUUAGGCACCUGCCGCUCGAAAACUGGACUCGCUUCAUAUGAGGGCAGUAUACAGACAUCUUGCUACCUAUUCCUUGGCAGGUGCUGCCUUCUGUCAAUUUAUAGAAAUAUUUAGAAAGAAAUAUUAGCUAAUGUAACAGCUGCUCUUGCAAAUUUCUGAGCCAAACUAAUGGCAAUAACUUAAUUUCAUGAGGUUUUGAAUUUCACUGUAAUUCUGCUAGAAAUAUAUCACAUUUGCUGAAUGAACAAGAAAUUUUGGAAGCUCAAGAGGAUGAAGUUGCUCAAACAAUUUGUAAUCUAUCAAAGAAAUAAA